UUCCUCUCCCUUCGCCGAACCACCUCCGAUCUGAUAACUCCGCCCCCUCAAUUUCUCUCCUCCUCUCUCUCCGCCUCUCCCAUUUUUCAAAUGCCUCUCCGCAUCACAUUCUUCCCAACUUCUCUCUUCUCUUGAAUUUCCACGUAUUCCUUCGCAUUCCCACAUUUCCUCUCCCACUGUUGCGGCUUGAGCGCUUGCCCAUGGAAUUUUUGUAAGCAAUGGCCGCCUGUUGCAGAGGAUUUUCGACCCACGUCGAUUUCGACCGGCGGGUCGAGCUUUUUCGUUCGCCUACCCUUGGCGGACCAGACCUGCGGCGGCGGAGAUGGAGGAGGAUUUUGUUUGAGAGUAAUCGAGUUGGGUUUUGUCCUAUUACUUGCUGCUGCUCUGAUUCUUUGGUUCCAAUACGCAGAACUGCUGGGUCUGGGAAGAACGUUGAGAAGCAAGAAGAUUGGCGUUUCAAUCCCAAAAAAUCCCCUCGUAGACUCCGUAUCCAAGCCACUCCCGCAAUGCCCUUUGCUUCCCCUCAAUCUCGGUUUAUUUCCAAGCCAGAAAAAUUUUAUCCUCGCUGCACUCCAAGGGGCUCUGGUCCACAAUCACGUGAUACUCCGCCAAAAAGAGACACUGGUAUUGCAAAUGAGAAGGACUGGGGGAUCAAUUUGGUGAACGAAAAUGUUAGCGAAUCAGGCACGAAUGAAGAUGGCAGUACUUGGUAUCGGGAAAGCGGGGAGGAUCUCGGUGAUAAUGGAUACAGAUGUAGAUGGACUAGGAUGGGCGGUCAAUCGCAUGAUGGCUACUCGGAAUGGAAAGAAACGUGGUGGGAGAAAAGUGACUGGACUGGAUACAAAGAGCUAGGAGUGGAAAAAUCGGGUAGAAAUGUCGAAGGUGAUUCAUGGUGGGAAACAUGGCAAGAAGUUCUUCAUCAAGAUGAAUGGAGUAAUCUUGCAAGGAUUGAGAGGAGUGCACAGAAACAAGCAAAAUCUGGCACUGAAAAUGCUGGAUGGCAUGAGAAAUGGUGGGAAAAAUACGACGCCAAAGGAUGGACUGAGAAAGGAGCACAUAAAUACGGUAGAUUGAACGAACAGUCAUGGUGGGAGAAGUGGGGAGAGCAUUACGACGGAAGGGGAUCCGUUCUUAAAUGGACGGAUAAGUGGGCUGAAACUGAACUAGGUACAAAAUGGGGAGAUAAGUGGGAAGAUAAGUUCUUUUCUGGAAUUGGUUCCCGACAAGGGGAGACGUGGCACGUAUCUCCUAGUAGUGAACGUUGGUCAAGAACAUGGGGUGAAGAACACUUUGGAAAUGGUAAAGUGCACAAAUAUGGGAAGAGCACGACAGGGGAAAGUUGGGACAUUGUUGUGGAUGAAGAAACAUAUUAUGAGGCUGAACCUCACUAUGGAUGGGCGGAUGUAGUUGGUGACUCCAGUCAGUUACUGUCGAUAAAAGCUCGAGAGAGACCACCUGGUGUCUACCCAAAUCUCGACUUCGGAUCGACUCCAUCUGCUCCGACCGAGGAAGAACCACCUCAAGAAUUGCCUCCACAAUGAAGAGCCUCAUCAUAUCUGGUUUUGUCGCUUAGGAAUUUUUUGUUUCUAAAUCUGAUUUCAUCGUGAAGAACUACGUUUAUUCAUUCUUUAAUGUUAUCAAUUUCUUGAGUUGAGCUGAGUU